AUGGAUAAAGACAGAUAUGCAGCAACAGCAGCAAAGAAGACAGGCGACUCGUCCCUGGAAAUGCCUAACGCUUCAGCCGAUAACAAUGAGCGCUUGUCCUACUUGUCUCAGAAGGCGCGCUCUAUGUCUUUGUACGGCAGUCAAUUUCUCCAAGAAGCGAGAAGUCCCACACAUGCUUUGUUUUGCUUGUCAGAAACUAAUCCGCUUCGUGAACUAUCAAAAUCGAUCGUGGUGUCGAAAUAUCCUUUUUGUGCAAUGUAGUACUGUUUAUAACUUGCGGGGUUAAGUAUUUAUAAGUUAUGUUCUCGAUAGAGAUGCCUACAAAAGCGGCCUUCAGGGGUUGAAUAGCUCGCAUCGUUCUAUUCGGUUUCACGUUUACAGACCUAAUAUGUGUAGUUAUCUUAAAGUCGUAGGCUGGUUAUUUCUCACACAGAACUUCAUUUGAUCCUUAACCUAUCUUACAGUGUUUGAAUAUUUUAUUUUGCUGGCUAUCGGAGCCAAUUGUAUCGUGUUAGCUCUAAACACACCGCUUCCAAAAAAUGAUCGCACAGACAUGGCUCAACAGUUGGUGAGUAGGCCUGAAAACCUCCAUUUGCUCAGUGACGUAAGGCCUUGGUUUCGAUAAAAGAUGGUGUUGAACUGUUCUAUAUUUUAUUGUAUUUACUGCAGGAAGCUGCUGAAUACUACUUCGUUGGUAUAUUUUGUGUGGAGGCGCUGUUGAAAAUAAUGGCUUUUGGCUUUGUGCUUCACCCGGGGUCCUACCUAAGAAAUGGUUGGAAUAUUCUGGAUUUCACUGUUGUUGUGGUGGGGUAAGUUAUCUUAUGACAUAUGGCUAUUUCAUCGCUCUGAACGUCCGCACCUUUCGCUUGUGCGGCGUUAAACGAAAAUUUGAAAGUUGUUUGUUUUGGUUAUUUAUUUAGCUAUAUUUUUUUCUAACCAAGCACUCGUUCUACAUUUUGUUUUACCAUUUAAAAUUAAAAAUAUUCUCUAUUCGCAUAACGAAGUACCCAGCUGUAAUUUCUUGUGGCUUCAGUUCCGUUGAUCAGGUUUUUAGCGCGGUGGUCUUAACAGCCAUGUAAUCUAAAUAAUUGUAGGUUGGAGUUCGGCUCACGCACGCGCAGCGCUCUACAAGAUAAGCGCAUAUUGUGGCGAAAUCUGUUUGGAGUGUAAAUUGCCUCAGCCGUACGUUUCCUUUGCUACAGACGGCCUAACACUCGCAGAAGUCAUUAUCUCUAAAAGUACUUUCUUUUUUUUUAUCAUUAUUUGUUAAGCACAGUUCUCAGUCAACGUUUCGCUUCUAGCAAAAUUUGAGCGGCCUCUAUUGUUCUGAGGCAAACACAUUUUUUUCCUCGUAGAAAUUUCCUGAUAUAAGGCGUCUAUUUUUUAUUCGGACAUUUUAACAAGAGUGGUCACGCUUUAGGCGCCUUCUAAUGAACACUGACAUGACGAAAAAAAAUACAAUUACAGCGUUUUGCAAAGAGAGAUUUCGAACGAAUUAUGAUUGUUUAUUUGAAAAAGGCGUCAAAGUUCUUGAUCUCGCUACGAAAUAGGUGGAAAAUUCCAGUCAAUUUCUCAAUUCGCUCUAACAGCCCUACACACAGGUGGUCGCCUACGAAUUGUUUAAAAUAUCGAACCAUUUCGACGUGAAAUUAAAACUGAGUGAACUUUGCGACAGAAUCAUGUCCAUCAAGAGGCAGCAGUUUAUAAGACACAUUGAUUAAAUCACUUGUUUUGUUGUUCUUUUGUUGUCAUACAGUAGUUCCUAUCAGCAUACAUGCACCAUGUGUGAUUGUGAUGAAUUGAAAAAGACUAGAACUUUAAAUUUCUGAGAGGCUUUACUCGUCACAGAGAAGGACGGAAUAAUUCUCGAUUAUCUUAAAACCUUUUCAUCUCGUUACGACCUGUGACUUAUUUCUCAUAAGUGAAAAACCAAGAAGAAUUGAGGUAAUGCAAAACAUAGAUUCCGUUGAAUCAAUGAAUUCAUUCUCUGUUUCGAUUUUCAUUCGAUGUUGAUGUUCACAAUUUGAAGAACUGAUAAAACUGAGUACAUCCGUAGUCGUCAGUGGCUAUGCACCUGUUUGUUUGUUCACGAAGUAAACCCUGGUCCAUGAUUUCUCUCAGUUCUUAACGUGACUUUUAAUAACAUGUGAGCCAACUAUUUCACAUUAAAGGAACUUCAAUGUUAGUAACCCACGCAUUUUCAUGUUAUAGUUUUGUCACUGUGCGAUGUGAUGACAAUACGCCAAUCAUACUGUACCAUAAAAUGCAAAAUCCCCAGCUUUGCGAAGCAAUCAGAUUUGUCGGUCGAACCGUAUCACUGUCAGCCUUGAGGAACGGUAACCUUUCGAAUGAAACUCGUGCAAAUAAUAUAACUCUUUUGUGUCCAAACGUUCUGUUCAAGUACUUGAAGUGAAAUUAACCGUUGCAGUGAAUGAUACGAAAUAUUGAUAAUGGAAAUUAUAAUGUUUAUAAUAUUUACUUCCCGGAAGUCUUAACAAAGAUAUAUUGAAGUUACCAAAACUGGUUGAAAAACUACAUUUAUUUUGCUUGAUAUAUCUAUUUUACGUCAGAUGGAUGAACGGAGGACAAUAAUUUAUACUGAGCUAUAAUUUUGUAGAUUUUGGCAUCUAGACUCUCCCCAGAAGCAAAAUUUUAAUUAUUUAGAAGUCUUGAAACUUCUGGAAUUACCUACACACGCUAUAUCUUGUUUUUUAUCUCCAUUAAAACUUUUUGUUACUUUAAUGUUUGGGUUUGGUUUUGUUGUGUAAGGUUCUGUUUAGUCUUGCAUGGGCUUAAACUACGACAAAAAGAGAUGUCUUGGUGUUCAGGCCGGCUGCUAUUAAAACCUGAGGCUCUUCUCAAUACAGUCAAACUAAUCCAUGCCAGUGUGUGUGGGGAAGCUUGAAAAAAUGAUAUCCGCAGCUCGUUUUUUUUUCGUAAUUCACGAACGAUUAUAUUGGUUUAGAGUUACUUUGCUUUCCGUACUAAGUAUACCGCAGGGAUAUGAAUGUAGGACUGAUAACCGAUGUUGACUUGUCACGAAAAUAUGAAGCGAACCUUAUACGACAUCAAAACGAACGCUCCUGCCAGAGCAUGGCUGUUCAAAUAAUUUAUAGAACUUAAGCAGAGACGUUUUUGAGACUCGAACGGCAACCGGAAGACUGAGAAUAAAACAAAUUAUUUUGCGCUUUGACGUCAAUGGAUCGACUGUAGGGCGUCGUUUAGAAUCUCAAACCAAACUGUGAUGACGAGAAAGGUACGGAUAGCACUUGGAAUGAAAACUUCUGUUAUCUAACCCUCCAACAUCCAGGGCCAGUCAGACACGGAAGUAAGUUUGAGCGAGGAUUAGAGACUUCUACUCCGUCUGUUGCUCGUAUGAUGCAAAGAAAUGUUAAAUUUAUGCUCAAACAGUAAAGCGUAGGGACGUGCAUUUGCAAAGCGUGAGCACGUGUCUUUUCUCAGCUACAGCUGGCAUGAAUAAUCACUUAUCUUCUUGUUACUUUUAAAUAGAUGGCAUAUGAUCACUAGGAAUCCCUAUGGUUACAAAUCUUGAAUCAUCGAAACUCUGCCCACGUUUUAGAAAUAAUCCCCGGUAAAGAAAAGGAAAAAGAAAGAUGUCAUUUUUUUUUGUUGCGAUCGUAGUAAAAAAAACUUGAGUCACAUGCGGGCCUCACACCUUGCUAUCACGCAGUCCUUCGCCUUUCCUAUUGAAUUCAAAGAACUCGUUCGUGGGUUGGGUCCAUGACCUACUAUUUUUAUAUAUGACUGUAUAUCUGUAUCUCUGCCAAGCUAGCAUAAUGCUGAGAUCAGCAAUGUUGAAAGCAUCCUGUGUAAUGAUUAGACUAAGGAAGAUAAUUGUAUGUAUUUGUGAAUUUUCGUCGAAAGAUGUUGUUCAUUCAAACGUGGGUGUAAAAAUUGUUAUGGAACUUCAAGCAGAUGUUAUCCUUAUCGAGUGGAACGGAACCUAAGUAACACUCGCUUAAUGAAUGCGUUUUUUUCGUGCAAACUAACACAGGUUAAGUCUUAAGGGCAGUCAUGAACAAACUGUUCAUAACCAAUAUGGAACAUUCGUAAAUGAAAUGUUUAUAAUCAACAGCAAACGUCUCAUAUUUGGCAGGAAAAUUAAUGCAAUCCUAGCUUAAUACACUGCAAUUAAAAAGACAAGACAAAAUAUGGUAAUGAAUUAAAAUGAAAAUGUGGUUAAGCUUUCAGUUGCCCAAUUUGCUCCAAAAAUGUUCUUAUACCAGAUAGUCAUGAGUUAUAUGGUACUUUCUUUCCCCUCCACCUCAGAGUUAUAAGUCUUCCACCCGUCAGCAAAUUUCUUGGAGGAAAUGGUACCCUGGAUGUAAAAGCUCUGAGGGCUGUGCGAGUGCUCAGGCCUCUUAAACUUAUUUCUGGUGUACCAAGUAAGUGAUAAAGUUAUUCUAUACUCUUUAUUCUUUUACUCUACAUUGACUCGCCAGCGUUCUGAUUAGAAUGGGUCAGUUGUUCGUGUAAACGUUCAAUACGUUAAUAUAGCUGCUUUCCAAUUUCAAUUUGGAUCAGCAUGAUAUCUUUUUUGGAAAGAACAGGGCAACAAGCUUUUCCAAUGAUGCUCCCCCUCCGGGAAAAAUUGAGUUUUUGUGCGAAUGAAGAGCAUCCAACAUAAGCGUUUAGUUUGUCACGGAUAAAAAGAGCAUUUCACUGCUGAAUCUCACAUGAAGAUCAUGAGAUUAAAGGAAAUGAUGACCAAACAAAAAAGCUUAUGAUUUUCAGACAAAUUCUUCUUUUCAGUGACAAUGGAAAUGCAUACAGGAUAGUAUAAAGAAUAGGUAUAGGUUUUAAUAUAAAGACUUAAUUCUUGUUUAAAACCAACUGUGGUUGAUGUGUCAUUUUUUGGUUCAAGUCUCUCAGACUGAAGUCAGAAAAUGGAGCUGAUAAAUGAGACCCUUUUGUUUUCUCACAAAGUAAAAUCUGUGCUUCUCUUUUUUCUUAUUUUAGGUCUGCAAGUUGUGAUGAAGUCCAUAGUCCGUGCCAUGGUUCCUCUUUUGCAAAUAGCCCUUUUAGUCUUGUUUUGUAUUCUUAUUUAUGCAAUUAUAGGUUUAGAUUUUCUCAAAGAUAAAUUUCACACCACCUGCUUCGACAAAAAAACAAGUGAGUGCUUCGUAGUUUUCCGUUUUUCCAUUAUGACCUGUUCUUCAUAAUGUGACUAACGUUAACCCUCUUACUCCUAUGAGUGACCAAGACAGAAUUUCUCCCUACAAUGUCAACCAGAAAAGUGAUGAGAAUAAAUACAAAUAUCAAUUUGGGGAUAAGUAGUUGAUCCACUACUAAAUUCUCUGAACUAACUUUAUAAGAAUUGUAUGGUUGACAGUAAAGAGAAUUAUGAAUUCUUAGCCUAUAUAAAUAGGCUAAAAAACAAAAAGUGAGAAUUCCGAGGUUCGGUUUCUCAUGGGGAUUCAGAAUCUUUCCUUUAUCCCAAGUUAGUCACAAGAUGGAAAAAGCGUCUUUCUCUAGGCUCACAACAUUUCUGAAUAUUUUAUUAAAAAUGUCAGGUUUCCUUUAUGUAUGAUUCCUGAACUGUCCUGUGCGUGAUUCAUCACUAAUAACCCUUUCAUACCUUUUUUCUACAAGAUUUUUAUAAAAGUAAAUGUGAGUGAUACAUAAGAAGGAGUGGGUAUCUUUCAAACUGUGAAUCAUUUUACAAGAAAGCUCGCAUUGAUUUUUUGAGGUAGAAACAUAUACCCGUUGCUACACUAUUUCUUUGCUAAUCAUCAAACUUGAGUCUGAGAAUACUUCGAUUAUUUAGCCACAUGUAUACUUACAGGGGCCUUUUCCUUUGUUCCCUUUUUAUACAUUAUUAAAUUUCCUUCUCUAUAUGUUUAAUUACCGACCUAUUUCUUUAAAAAAAACCUUUUUGGUGAUCUGCUAUAUAAUGCCAUAAUGGCAUUCGAACUGCUUAAGUUGCUAUUUGUUGUUGCAAUGCGUAAACACCAUAUUACCUGUCCUUGUAGAUUCAAUAGCAUCAAAUCCUGAGCCGUGUGACAAGGGACCCUUUCCCGGAGUGAGGAAGAUUUUUCGUGGUCGAAGUUGUCCCGAGGAAACGACAUGCCGAGAGUAUUGGAUUGGUCCGAACGCUGGCAUCACGUUAUUUGAUAACAUCGCAUUGUCAAUGCUUACUGUGUUUCAGUGCAUAACAAUGGAAGGAUGGACGUCGAUUAUGUACAAAGUAAGAAAUACUUCCUCUCAUUAUAUUUUUUGGGAAACUGUCAUUGGCCUUGCCUUACUACGGCCUGUUAUUGGUCUAGAAAACUUGCGCAACCCGUCCGACCUGAAACUGAAACCAAUUAUGUUUUUGUCACUCACGUUUCCUCCGAUUUUGAUUAGUAGCAAGUAUUCCAUGCGAUAAUUAACUUUGUUGUGAUUGGCCGUUUUGAUUCUAUGGGUUUUGAUAUACCGGCGCUCAUGAGGAAAAAUGAUUAAUUCUUUUGCAGUGUAGAAGGAAAUAUUAGGCGUACUCCGGGUACUUUCUUCCUUCGAAAGUGAUGUUCUAAUGCCCUAUAAGGACAAAACCAAGAGCAGAUAUUCGAUUUUAAACACUGCAAUUUGAUUGGCCAUUCACUGACGCCGGAAUUCGUUUCAUUCUCAUAUUACUCUCUUAUCCCUCUUAUCUACCCGAGCGUAUACACAUGAAAUAUCUGAUACAACUUCUGCGCAUGCCUGAACCAGCUCGAGCACAGGCCCUUAUGUUUCAAUACCAGAACACAUGGAACAUUUGUGUAGAGAAAACUAGUGAGUUUGAAUUUUGAGUAAAAAAUUUUAAAUUGUUUUCCCAGACUUUUGAUGCAAUGGAUGAAGACGGAUAUCUUUAUGCCUGCUAUUAUGUCUCGCUAAUUGUGAUUGGUUCUUUUUUCGUCCUUAAUCUUGUGCUUGGAGUUUUGAGUGGGUGAGUGUUACGUAUUAACUGCUUCCACCAUAAAAUAAAUGACAGGGUAACAGAUACACGACAAACGUUAGACGCUCGAGUGAGAAAAAAUUGAUCUCAGAUAUUUUUCAAAAUCUCGCUGCUUGCAUCACAUGCAAUAAUUGUUAUAAUUGUGUUCAUUACUUAAAUUCUUCGUGAUGAAAUCUCACACGAUCUGCGAUACACUUCAACGCGAAAUUUUAGCUUUUCAGAAAACGACUUCACAACUUGUCUUCUCGGUGUAACUCGAAGGUUGGUGAUUUCUGUAGGUAGAUAGAAUUGUGUGCUAUGUCUUGCAAGUGUCUUCGUCAAUUCUCAAAGUCAAAUGUCCCCCACUAAACCAAUGAGAACGUCUCCACAACGUUGAAGAAACGGAUUCGGCUGGUUAGCAGUCAAUGAGAGCAGUGAAAACAGUGGUGAGUUAUUGAAUCUUUGUACUGUUUCUUAUCAGGGAAUUUGCAAAGGAAAGAGAGAGAGUGGAUACUCGACGAAAGUUCUUUAAAGUUCGCAGACAACAACAACUGAACCGUCAGGUGGAUGCGUACUUGUCGUGGAUAGCCAAAGCCGGUAGGUUUUACAGAUAGACAGCUGAAAAAACUUUUGCUAAGAGACAGAACACUUAACCCUCUUACCCCUAAGAAUAACUAGCAUCUAGUUUCUCCGUACAAUAUCACCCCUGAAUCAAACAUUAAGGUCGCGACUAAAGAAGCUCUUGAUUUUUAAACAGCUUCUCCUCAUCAGCAACUCAGAAAAUAUGGAAAGAACAGCAUGAGAAAUAUUUAUACUUAGUAAGCUUUCAUUCGGAAGUUUGCCGGGAAAAGGUCAAAAAGGGGUGAUAAAAAAUAUACAGAAUAUUCUCGUUUUAGGCGGAAGAGGUGCAGCCCCAGGACUCAGGUCUGUGUACUCAUGUUCUUGUCAAUGAAAAAAUGGAAGGAGGGUCUUUCUUAAACGUCUGGGUACCAAUUAAUACCACCGAAAGGGUUAAAUAAUUGUUAUCUAAUCUCAGCAAAUAUAUCAUGUCCACAUCAAACUUAUCAGGCUUUCCAUAUUUACUUUAAUUUCUAAUACAGCGGAAACGGCAGCAGACGACAACUUCAGGACGAAACAUCUCAGCUUGAACGACUCGCAAUCACAACUUGUUACCAGCGACGUGGUCAGUAAUCCAGGAAGAGUGGUCACCAGAAGAGAAGGGAACUGUUACCGAGUCAACAUGCCGGAGAGGUUGGCUGAGUUUUAGUUCGAUGUAACGCUUUUUAUUCGUCCAGGCCGGCUGUUUCUACGCUAUUUGUGUCUUUCCUUCCGUAUUAUCACUGUUGUAAUACAGUCAAACUGAGAUACUGCACUGUGUUAAUGGUCACAUAAUUUGCGCACUCUUUUCAUUUGUUGCAAUAACAUCAAAGUGGGAUAACAAAUCACUAAUCAUACCCUUUAGAUAUUUUGGUAUUAACAACUGAGUAUUCUUUUCUAGCACGGGUGCACUUCAGCGGUUUUUGCAGUGGAACAGUAAAUUCUCUGUAAAAGUCGGUCGCAUGGUGAAAACUCAAGCGUUUUAUUGGACUGUCUUGGUUUGCGUUUUCCUCAACACAAUUGUUCUGGCCGUGGAGUAUUAUGGCCAACCGAAAUGGCUGUCAGAUUUUCAAGGUAAUGUAACCAAAGACAAAUUUUGGUUGAUGAAAAGGAAAAGAAAAUAUUUUAGCCAUCGAUAAGUCUAUAUUGUAACAUUUUUAACCACCAAAUUUGACGAUCAUUGUUGUCUUUCAGCAUGGGCUGAAAUCGUGUUUUUGACGUUAUUCUUUGUGGAGAUGAUUCUGAAGAUUUAUGGUCUUGGAUUUCACGUUUACUUUAACUCAAGUUUCAAUUGUUUCGAUUGCUCGGUAAGGAAUAACCUUAUGUCUCUUGAAAAAAUGAAAAUCCUCCCAGUUAAGAAAUUUACCCGUAGAUUGAAUAACUUACUUUUGCUUUUUACAGAUUGUGAUUUCAGGAUUUCUGGACAUUAUACUCUCUAAAACUGUGCUAGUAAAACUUGGUAUCAGUGUAUUGAGAUGUGUUCGUCUUCUCAGAGUCUUCAAGGUGACCAGGUAAGAUUGUGAUGAGAAUAAAUGAAGUUGUCAUUAUUUACUCACUGACUAAGGUGAAUAAGUUCACAGGAGACUUGUUUUAAAGAGCAUAUGCAUCAUCCCCUGAUAUUUCAAUUUUGUUUUUAACAGUCCGGGUUAUUAUCGAAUUUGAUAACCCAGACUAAAUCGAUUAUUUUCGACUGGAGCUUGUGAUUGUAGCUUAAAUUGUACAAAUGCUUGUGAGAGCAAAAAUGUAAUUUGAAGGCGUUAAUGCGACGCGACCACAAAAGCCACAUGGGGAGUCCGUGCCGGUCUGUCUUUACCUUUACUCUCAUGGAAAAAUUCAUUGACUAAACUAAACUUUAAGGCAAAGUUGAAAAACAUACCUCAAUCAAACGUGUCAUUUCAACUUUCCUGUUACUUCUAUGUUCAAAAUUUCGCCUUUAUCACCCCUUGAUAACCGCCAUCUUGAUUACGCGCAAAGAUCAGUAUCUAUUCAGUAAUUUCCAUCUUAUUAUGUUACAGACACUGGAGAUCGCUAAGGAACCUCGCCACCUCUCUCGUCAGCAGCAUCAAGUCUAUCGUGAGCCUGAUUUUCUUGCUAUUCCUGUUUAUCCUGAUUGCUGCCUUGCUUGGUAUGCAGAUAUUUGGUGGAAGGUAAGCGUAUGUCCUCAUGAAGCCAUAUAAUCCUUUACUUUAUAUUUGUAAUAAAAUUUCGUCGGGCCAACUGCAGCAGUUCUCACGUGAGUGUCGAAAAUAAUCCAGCGAAUUUUUGCUUUUUUUCUGAUUGGCUGUUAUGAAAAAUUUUGUUUUGGUUUAAACUCACUCAUGUCUUACUAGUUUCGUUGGUCACUAGGCGUAUUAACAGAAGAUAAUGACAUCACGCUUGAAACGUUAAGAUUUUUGCAUGUUUUUAGAAAAUUUCGAGAAAUAUUUCAUAAAAGCAAUAUAGAACUUUCCUAUUUUCCAUUUCUAUUUCUCUUACAUUAAUGUUAGUUAAGUUGUACGUUUAUACCUUGUUUUGCAGGAAGCGUUGUUUCGUCAAUUUUCUAAAAGUUUUUUAAUGUACGAUUGUUAAACCAAAUAGAUGAUGAAAGCUUCAAAUACUCGAAGGAACAUAGUGCAGAAAAAAAAUAUUAAUAACUAGGUUUAUUCAUUUUCCCUAGAUUUACAGAAGGCGAAACUCCCACAACGAACUUUGAUAAUUUUCAGAACGCCAUGUUAGCUGUUUUUCAGGUUGGUUUUAUUAAAAUUUUUCGUAGGAUUUACCAUCAAUAGUAAUUUUUGUUUUCCUUUUUGCCUUGUGAAAAUUUCAAACGAGCAGUCAAACGAUGAAAUAAUGACGUAGAAGAACUGAUGUGAACCAAUAAUCGUUUUUUUAUUUUGUUUGUCAACAAAGAUACUCACAGGGGAGGACUGGAAUUCUGUUAUGUACAGUGGAGUGAAGGCUUAUGGUGGACCUCAUGAUGCAUCAGGGAUUGCAGUAAGCCUGUAUUUUGUUCUACUGGUUAUCUUAGGAAAUUGUAUCCUUGAAAGCAAAAGAGAUUUCAAUUUUGAAAAGCUGAUUUUUUCUUUAUGAAUUUCGUUAUUUCGUCGGAUUUUGUGAGAAUUACGAGUCAGUCGAAGUAACAUUCAAAAUGGUUUUCCAGGACAUCAUAUUUCCUUAACUGUAAACAGACACGUUGUUGAAUGUUUUCUUGGCUAUCGCCGUCGACAACUUAGCAAACGCACAAAUCUUGACAGAGGACGAAGAAAACGAGAAACUUGAAAGAGAACGCGCUCGAGCAGCCAACAAAAAAAAGUACCAACCCAGCAACAAGGGUUGGGGGAAGGCUGGGAACAAACUGCCUAUGAUCAUGGCCAUCAAUCGAAUGGUACGCAAGAGGAAUGGAAAUGCAGCAACUUCAACUGGGGAAGGAAACAGGUAAAUAGUGAAUGGUGAGCUAGAGAACGAGAGAACGAAAGAUUGCCCGAACUGAAGAUUUAUCAAACUGAUGAACCGACGAACCAACGAACGUUAAUCGACACAUUGACGACCGACGAAUCAACAAACUGACCACUUUGCGAACUAUGGGACCGAAAAAUCUACGGACUGGCGGAUCUACGUAAAGAGGAAUCAGUGAACUGAAGGACCAUGGAACCGAUAAACCAAAGAUCCAAAGAAUGAAUGAAUUUUAAAACAAGGCUUUCUUCCGUUGCAAUCAUGUUCCCGAUUCUACUGUUUCUGUUGUGUUGCUCACACUCGUUACAAAGUUAAAAACUUAUACUAUUUUUGAGUGUGAUGAAGACUUGUCUCGCGACGUAAACUGGGCGUCUUUGUUAAUAUUUUGUUUCAAUUAAAAAGUAUUUGAAAUCAAAUCUGCUUUCAUCAUAUUUGCAGCACGACUAUAGAGAACGGAGAGACUAGUGUACCGCCGAUGUCUUCGGUAUGUAGUUGCACAGACAGUGUGAAUUCAGCAGUAACCGUUUAGAUUCUCGUGAGCGUUCUCGUUGUGUUUGAUUUUACUGUAGGCUUCUGAAGCACGUUCAGUUGCUGAGUAGAAUUUACUCGCCACAUAUAUAAGUUAGUUUGAUUAAAUUGGUGUUAGGACGAUAAUACUUUCAAACUUUUUGGGCAUAUAAAAUCGAAGGGACGAACACUUUCGGUUAACCUACACUUAACUCCGUCAAUUCCUGUUUUAGUCCUUGAAAAGAAAGAUAAAAACGUACAGGCGAGAAGCAAGUCUUUAUGAAAACAAGGAAGAAAUAAACGGGACAGACGCUGCCAAACUCAAAGAAACACCUGGGACGAGUAGUGAUGCGGGUGAGAAGAACCACAAGACAAGGAGGAUAAAGAGAGGAAAGAAUGAAGCAAAUGGAGACACGGAAAGGGAAGACGACGAUGACGAAGGUGAGAAAAUCUCAUGAAAUUUUCGCCGCGAGAAGUCAUGCGACGAAAUGACGCCAUGAGUAAUACGACCAAUAGCGUGAUGAGUCAUUACUUAACGAGUCGCUCAGUUAGGAAAGCUUCUUAAAAGUCACGUCAGAAAGAAAAGGCCAAGUAAGAAAACCAGUGUGAUUUGACACGGCUAAAGAUUUCUGUAAUAAAAUGGAUCACUUAUUCCAGUGUGAUACCACGUGACUUGAUCUUUUGAAAAAGGAUCCUCUGAUACCUCAGGCUAAAGCUCCAUGUUUCAAGUUCAUUCUCGUUUAAUUGUGUCGUUCUUUCGUCUCUUGUUCUAUUAUCAAGAUAAGAAUUCAUCGUUUCAUCUUUUUUAUGUCACAUACUUCAGGACUUUUUACGUUCAACACUGCUUCCGUUGGUUCGUUACACAUCUUGUGCUACCAUAAUAUGCCUUAUUUGUGUAAACGAAGGAGCUGCGUAAGCAGCUGAUUUUUUUUUAAAACGGGAAACACGAUAUGUUUGCGUACUUAAAAGCAUUGUCCAUUUUGUUGUUUUUAAUUAAGAUGAAGACGAUCCACCCGUAAGUCGCAGGAACAUCAUAAAGAUGUUGAAGACCGGAGGAAGAUUUGGUAAUCGUCGGCGGAAUCCUCGGAAAAAGAAGCCUAUUUUGAAGACCAAAACGUUGUUUAUAUUUGGACCCGAGAACAGGUGAGAUGGAAUAACACAUGACUUGUGAAAGGCAGUCCCGUGAUGUGUAGGCACGUGUUAUGCGGACUUAAGGUGUCUCAACAGAGGAUACCAGAAAUGUGUCCUGUUGUACCUGACCUACAUAGUUCUAUAUGAGAUGUAAGUUACGUUCGACAAAUGACUUGCUGUCAUAAAUAAUUGAUUUAUCUGUAUGGUGCAUUUCGAAGUGGUUGGUUGAAUGCAGGGUUUGCAUUUAAAAAAUGCGUUAAUUGGUAAUAGUUUCAUUUGAGUGAGUAUUCAGUUAAAGAGUAACACUUCGCGUUAAUAAUGAGAAUUUCGUCAUAAGUGAGAGUUGACCUUGCCUGUUAGAUCAGUUAACAUACUGGAUUCUUUUGGUUUACCAAAAAUUCGAGAACCUCUUGGGAUAAGCAUUUCUCAUUUCCGCAUCGACUGUUAGGUUGGUAAAUUUCUGACUAAUGGUAGGUCCCUUUGAUUUUGGGAUUUGGUGAACAAAUCAUAUCAAACGUUUGUUGGAAAUUCACUUCAGUAUGGCAUGAAGUUGGGGUUUCCAGAGGAGAAAAUAAACCAUUCUAAAAAUUUUUGAGGCAAGGGAAGUUAUUAAUCUGUUAUAAUUAGGAAUAUCAUUAUUAUCUAUCAUUAUUUUUCACACAGAUUACGACGUCAAUGCCACCGGAUCGUGAACCUAAGACACUUUGACAAUUUCAUGUUGGUUGUAAUCCUGUUGAGUAGCAUUACAAUUGCCAUCGAGGAUCCAGUGAAUGAUGACGCCAAACUGAACAAGGCAAUGUUAUUUUCUGUUUGACGAACAGUAGGAACUAGUGUUUUUUUUUUCUCUGCAAGGGUUAGGACUAUCUUGUUAAAAAGAUGCCACUCACGUCCUUACGCGUAGUGCUGUUCUGUUUCUAAAACACGCGUCUCCAUCUUUAUCACAACAUGUCUUUUAGCGGAAUGUGUCGCUCUCUCUGUGAGCGUCUUCUCGUGAACAGUUCUAAAUAUACCUUUACGUUUCUAAGGUCCUAACGUGUAGUCUGUGAUCGUUGUCCCUAAUCAUCGCUGUUCCUUCAUCGUUCAGUGUUGUUACCUCUUUCAGGUCAAGGAUUCCCUUUCAUAAUUCGUAUUCAAGAGUUCUCUUAACUUCUCUCUAAAUUUCUAAACUUUUUCUAAUCUGGUUUCUAGGUGCUGAUGUAUUUUGACUAUGUCUUCACUGGGAUAUUUGCUCUAGAGGUACUCAUUAAGGUGAGUUGUAAAGAGUAAUCAAGUUUGUUUCACUUCUAGCAUGAUUUAUAUUUUUAUAUACAUAUUUGAUGUGCAGAUCUUGCGCGUAAUUGAUCUUAACUGUCACUUCUCGCGAGGGAAAUUCGAAAUGCUCCUAUGGUAACUAUGAAACAAUUUUUUAAUUUCGGGGUUUACCCUAGCUUUCAGUUGUCUUUUCAAAUCAUUGGGUGAUUUGAGCUAUUUCAAAAGUUAUCUUCAUGCUGACAGAACCAAUUUAACUGAUACAUGCAGUUGCGCUUAAAAGGUUUCCGCUCCUAAAACUUCUUAUACAAAAUAUAAACAGGGGAAGACACUCGACAAUUUUUUUCCUCGAGGCUCAAAUCUAAAUCGCCCAAUCGGCAGUCGAUCGGACCAGCAUCCUUAUCACAGGGAGUUGUUUUAUUUGACCAAAAAGGACUGACCUCAUUUAAAAUUUGUUGUGCUCAGGUUGUGGAUGUGGGGAUCAUUCUUCAUAAGGGCGCCUAUUUCCGUGAUUGGUGGAAUAUUAUCGAUGCUCUUGUGGUGUCUUUCAACAUGGCUUCGCUCAUUUUAGAGUAAGUGCACAUCAUGUGAUAUCACAAUAUAGCAAUUUCAUAUAGCUCUAAUUCUAUAUAUUUCACCUAAAUAUACUUCUGCUAUCUGUAAACCAACUGAUAAUCCAUUGUAUUCCUUGACAAAUUCCUAGAUACCGAGGGGUAUAAACCUAUUCUCACUGUCAUUGUUUGCGGAGCUAAAACUACCACAAUGGAUAUGCUUAUAGGAGCCCACGAUAAUGACUUGGGGAAGCCUAGAGCUAACUUCAUUGCCUUUCCCUCCCCUAACCCACGUUUCACACUGCUGUUCUCUACCAGUUCUUUUGCGACGCUACGUAUUUAAAACAAAACUGAAAAUAAAAAACAUCACAGUUUGUUUCUUGGUUGAUUGGCUACAAACCGUCAUUUUAGCUUUGCACUGCUAAAGCAGGUUGCGUGAUGUAAUUCAAUCGAUUUGAAGUUACUAAAUAAAUCAUAAACGCUGGCGCAACGAGAUGAACAGUAACAUGCGAUGGUUCUGUUGUCAUAACCCUUUCGAUUAUUGUCCUUUUUUAGACAAACAGACUCAUCUGGCAGUGGCCACUCUUUAAUUAAAGCACUCCGUGUAUUCCGAGUGCUAAGACCGUUUAAAGGCGUGCACAAAAUUAAGAAAUUACAGGUAAGAGCUAUCAAAACAAUGUUACGCGUGACAAUCGUCAUAAAAUCGCAAUUUUUAACCUUGAGUAUUGAGAACUUAGAGCUUUUGUUUUGUUUUGUUUUUAUUAUUUCAGGCUGUAUUUCGCUGUAUGUGGUACUCAGUAAAGAAUGUUGCUAAUAUCCUGAUGAUCACCAUGUUGUUUUUGUUUAUCUUCGCCGUCAUGGGUGUACAACUGUUCAAAGGAAAGUUUCAAUAUUGCAACGACACCUCAAAGCGCACAAAGGAAGAGUGCCAGUAAGACCACACAAACAUUCCUCCUUUUCCUCCUUUUAUAUGUCUGGGACAUUGGUAAGGGUGGGGAGGGGAGGGUGGCGGGUGGAGGCGACAGAUUGAGGGUAGACCAGUUUUUUAUUGUUACGUCUAAGCCGGUGCCGUGGCAAGACCUAGUCUUGCUAGCAAGAAAUGGCUAAAUAUGCAUAACCACUUCUGAAAAAUAAUAAUAACGAUAGCACCAUAUUUUACCAGGGUAAACCCUUCAGCAAAAAGCUGCUAUAACUGGAUGCCCUAGGCAUUAAAAGAAUAAUUAAAAUUAUGAUGAUAAAUAGAAAUAAAAUUACAAAAAUUACUUCUGAGCACACCUUCUGAAUACGAUUAGAAUAAGAUGUUUUUCUGGUUCAACGUCGUUGUCGUGCGCUUAGACGGUUCACCUGGUAUUGAUUCUGUGAUUUAAGUGUUAUGAGAAGCUUAAAUGUCCCCCUAUCUGGUUCAAGGCCGUUUUUUACAUCUUGAGAAUUUCUAUAAAAAUGUUUCGUGAGAUUUGACGGAACUUUAGCAUACAGUUUGAUUAAAUGUUAACAUGAAGCUACAGUUCCCGGCCAUAAGUUGGGUGCACAAGGUAGUUGAAUAAAUCCCAUGGAUUUUGAGGAAGAGGCGAAGUUUGUGACUUAUAAUGGAUUUGGUUCAUUUGCAGAGGGUAUUUUUUUGUUUUCAAGUACGAUGAGCUCUACCAACAGGAAACAGUUGAAAAGGUUUGUUUGAUUUGCACCUUAUUUCUAUUAGUUCUGCUAUGCCUAAAGCCCCAAAAUUAUGCAGAAAUAAUUACAUUUUUUAUUUUAAAAUAGCAAUAAAAUCAUAAUUUUAAUGGUGAUAUGGCUGACACACUGUUCUUUAUUAAUGUUAUCAGGUUGAGAAUCGCACGUGGGAGAAUAAACCCCUUAACUUUGACAACGUAUUACAAGCAAUGUUGACUCUUUACACUUCUUCUACUGGUGAAGGUUGGCCCAGGUAAGGCUCUUUUUGACAAGUUAAUAAUUGCUAUUGGAAAACUCUAGGGUUGCAUAGCUUUAGUUUGAAUGUUUUUCAGGCGUUUUAUGAAAAUCGUGCGGCAUUAUGGGUAAAAUCGUACAAGGUCAUAAUUGGUCCUUACUCAGUGCUCGGAAGCCUCGCCUUAUUUGUAGAUUUGGGUCGUUUUUCUGAGUUAUCUAGCGUUUUGAAUUGACAUUAACAAUUUUACUAGGCGAGUACAUCUUGCGUAAAGAGAACGAUGGUUAGCUUUAUGCAUCAGCAAAAGAAAAGAAAGUUUAAAAAGACGUUAUUUAACCAACGAAUUCUGUCCUUAUACAAUUUUUCUUGACUCCUCGCCUUCAACAAAAUCUUCCAUCUGAGUUUUCGAAAGAGAAAGAGAAGAUCUCUUCGUGAUUUUCGAUCGCAGACCUUCAUUGAAAAUUAGUUAAUUAAAACUUGUUUAACUUGCUGGAGUAAACAGGAUAUCAAUCCGCGACAAGAGUAAGGUAGGCUAUGUAGCAUAGAUAAACCAACAAGACGAAGUGACUAACCAGAUUGAAAAAUCCGUGAUUAAUAAGCUGAUAUAUUUAGAUUGAUCUUCUUGAUCUAGUGCCAUGAAGACCACUAUGGAUACUACAGAAAUAGACAAAGGUCCAAUCCAUAAUUACAGCCCGGGAUACGCACUUUAUUACAUCGCCUUUGUUGUGGUGUUCUCUUUUUUCUUCCUCAACAUCUUUGUGGCGUUAAUAAUUCUCACCUUCCAAGAGGAGGGUGAAAGGGAAAUUGCGAGUUGUGAGUUGGACAGAAAUCAGGUAUGUAAAUCUUUUCGUACUCUUCCUUCAAGAAUGACUUAAAGAAACUGUGUGGCUAUUUAUUUCGUGCAUCGAUGGCUCGUAGUCGGCUGUGUCAAUCUGCUCUACCUAUAGUUAUCCUUCAUCCCUUUUGGUUUAUUCUUCCCCUUUGGGAGUUUUUCUAUCUUGCCAAACUUUCAAAUUAAUAAUUUGUGAUUUCCCUCUUGCCAUAAUCAGUAGAAGUGAUUGGUUAGCAAAGCCGGAAAAAUUCAGAGACGAAAAGAAUUAUCAGUGCUCGUGCUAAAGGUUGUUGGAUCCCAGACUGUGUGAAAUCUUUUGCUUAAGUGUUCACACAUUCGAACUAAAUGAGUCAAUGGGUUGUUUCUAGUGGCCAUUCAGUUCAAAACAGUUGGUGCUAUUGACUUUUGAGCACGGUGGGUCACUGAACCUCCAACAAAACCCAUAACAAAGGCAUCUGUUCGUUUCAUUACCAUCGUAACAUUAUUGCUUCGCUUAAGUUAUUCCGUUCGUCACAGAAAGCGACACCGAGAAAACGAUUCUGACUUUUCGCUCUUCGCUGAAUUUUGCAAGAUCUUAUCUCUCGCCUUUGCAGAGAGAGUUAUUAGUAACUGGGGAGUAUACUAAUUGUCACAUGUUCUCUCUAACAGCGUGAUUGCAUUCAGUUUGCACUUACUGCUAAGCCUGCGCAGAGAUAUAUGCCGGCUGACCACAAAAGCCUGCAGUAUAAGGUCUGGGUAAUUGUCAUGUCGAAGCCAUUUGAUACAUUCAUUUUGGUCUUGAUAGCCCUGAACACCGGUGUGCUUAUGUCUCAGGUAGGUAGACUAAAGUUGGACGAAGUUUGUCUUAAUCUAACAGACUGUUCCGUUCCGUUUAUAGGGAUAUUCUAGUAUUUUUCAAAGCGGAGAAAAAAAUUUUCAACCUAAAAGGAUACCCCUGACCCUAUUCUCAAUGAAGAAUAGAAUUUUGCUUCCCUGUCAUUUUUUAUCUUGCAAAGCAUUUGGUUGGUUCAUCACCUAUGAAAUCAUGUAUCCCUCUGUCACGUUACUUGCUUCAAAAUGAGCGCAGUUCACUGAAUUUCUGUUCUGUUAUUUUCAUACAGCAUUACAAGCAAGACGAACAAUAUACAGACAUUCUAAUGUACCUAAAUAUUGCCUUCACUGUUCUCUACAUGAUAGAAGCUGGGCUGAAGUUCUUUGCUUUAAGACUGGUAACUAUACUUGAAAUAAUCUGUUUCGUCUACACGGAGAGGCUCAAAAUUUCUGGCGCAAUUUUUGGCCAAACUCUAUAGCCAUCUUUUUUUAUUAUCAAAAUUGUAUGCUGUUUAUUCUUUUGUAUACUGUGUAUAGUAAUAAAUCUAACCGUGAAAUGUAAACGUUUUCAUCUUGUACAUUAUCUCUUGCGUGGAGGUGAAUCAUUGAAGAGCCACGGGAUCAUUCCAGUGCAAGAGUCCAAUUCAAAGUUAUCACUUUUUCUUGGCGAAGAAAUGAUUGCUUUGCACCUAAACAACCCCCCCCCCCCAGUCUCUCUUAGCCAUUCCUUCGUUCCAAGGAAGAAAAACACUCGAGCAAAGAAACUAUAUGAAUAUUUCUUGUCCUUUUGUUUUUCAGAAAUAUUUCCGAGAUUACUGGAAUAUUUUUGAUUUCAUCGUUGUGUUAGGAGGUCUGAUGGAUGUUCUGGUGACAGUCUAUGACAAAUUUGCCAAGGAAACGCAGCAGGUAACUUAGGUGGUGCAGAUCUGCCACAUUUACUAUUUCUUGGCGCAUGAUUAACCUUUCUACUCUCAGAAGUGAUUGACAAGUGACUUCUCCCUACAAAAUCCAUACAGUAUCCAGCAAAAAUGUAAUGAGAAUUCUCAAAUUUAUUAGGUAGAAUUUAUUUAUUUAUUGUCUUGAUUUAACAUCAAAUUCUUUUAACUAUUUUACAAGGAAAUGUGUAGUAGCUAGAGGAGAGAAUUAACAAUCAGCUGGUCUUAAGAGUUAAGGGGCUAGGAAACGUGAUUUCCGUAUACUUAUUUCAGUUGGGUAUGACUCUGUUUCAUGCCUUUAAAGAAAAUUGGAAGAUGUUCGCAUUAGCAUGGUGAGGUUUACACAGUGAGUGUUCUUCAAAACUCAGAUUCUGACGAAGAACCUAGGGAGUACUUUUAGCGGAGAGAUUGAAGAUUUGUUAACCUUAGAAAUAAAAUCAGUGAACGAUUGACUUUAUCGUUAUUUUUUGGGGGCAAAUAAUUAAUUUCAGUUGUAAAUCUAAUUUUGCAGGAAGGUGGUUCAUUAGGUAUUGGGAUUGACCCCAGUAUGUUCCGUUUGUUUCGAGCAGCAAGACUUAUCAAACUGCUUCGACGAGGCUACACGAUCAGAAUACUAUUGUGGACAUUCCUUCAAUCAUUUAAGGUUCGCUCUUUGUGUUUGAGUUUUUCUUGGACUCAGGUUUAAGAUUCGUACAGCACAAAUCAGUGUUUGUCAAUGGGAGCAAGAUUUGAACCUAUCAUAGACUUGUGACUGUCUGAAAUAUUUGUAACGAAAUAGACUUCUUGAUCGUGUAAUGCACGACUUUUCCCUAUUCACGAGUUCGUUUCUGUAGUCGUAACAGCAUCUGCUAUAUAAUAACUCAUUAAUCCACAAAGGAUAUAAUGUAAUUACUUUGUUCUUAAAUAGGCUUUUAUGAUUAUAUUAAUAGGCUUUGUUUGUUGUCAUGCCAAUAGGCCUUACCUUACGUCACGCUACUUAUCAUGUUAAUGUUCUUCAUGUAUGCCGUCAUAGGGAUGCAGGUAGGCUGUUGGAAUCAUUUUCCUCAAUUCUUGCGUGGUUUUGUAUAUUAUAAUUGCGGUUAACAUUAUUUCAUGAGUCAAAAGGGCCAGGCAUGCCUCUCUGGCAGACGUAUAUGCAUUGAACGAUAAUUAUCUGAUCUGAGCUUCUGUUGCAGAGACUGGAACUCGGUUUUUUCCAUGUUGAUUAGAGUUAGUUUCGUUGCUGGCAAGCAAGGAGUUGGCCAUAUUUUUUAUUUAUCGUCCAUCAAUAAAUGAACGAAAUCAAACCAACGGCAUACGUUGUGUUCUCUUUUAUGUUUCAGCUUUUUGGAAAAAUAGCAUUAGACCAAUCUACAGAAAUUAACACCAAGAAUAAUUUUCGAAAUCUUGCUCAAGCUUUGCAGGUUCUGUUCAGGUGAGAAUUAGAUUGUUUUUUUUUUUGAUUUUUAUGGAAGCAAGAUAAAAAACUGAAAUGCUAAUUCUAAAAUCAGUAUUAAAUACUCUAAGCCGGGAAUAUAAAAGUUGGAAGGUGAUCAUACUUAUGAGUAUGAUACAUAAUCCUUAAUUUGGAAUAUUUCUGUAUCGCUAAUCAGUAAUAAUUACAAGGAACAUAUCUCUACAUCUUUUGAUGUUUUCUCUUUUCUUAGUAAUGUUUUUUCCCGUCUCUACCAGAUCGGCGACCGGAGAAGACUGGCACAAGAUAAUGUUGGCUUGCUAUGAUGCUGCUAAAUGUGAUAAGAGUGUUGACAUCAAAAAAUAUGGAGAACAUUGCGGAACAACGGCAGGGGCUAUAACAUUCUUCUGCACAUUUAUAUUUCUCUGUAUGUUCUUGGUGAGUGACGAAAUUCACGAAUACAAGAACACUUCAAAAGAAAUACUGAAUUUUCUCUUUCUAUUUUUUUAUCCGUCUCAGUUACAAGCUAACCUUCGGCCGCUGUUAAAGGCAUUAUUUCAAGUGAACUGUCAUAUUCUCUUUCAGAUGUUGAAUUUAUUUGUGGCUGUUAUCAUGGAUAACUUCGAAUACCUGACUCGUGACGAGUCCAUCCUUGGUCCUCACCACUUGGAUGAAUUUGUCCGCGUGUGGUCUGAGUUCGACCCUGGCGCCAGGUAUAUAAAAUUAUAGCUAAUACGUAUGGCAUUUUUUUUUGUCGUGCUACAUUGCUUCUGAUACUGACGCGUUCUUGCUCCCCUUCAGUGGCUGUAUCCACCAUAGCGAAAUCUAUAGGGUGAUGUGCAGUAUGUCACCUCCAGUUGGAUUUGGAAAGAAAUGUCCAAAGAUUGUUGGUUAUAAGGUGUGUAAGUUUAUUUACACUUGGUUGAACUGACUUAACUUGACACCUAUUCAGAGGUAUGCAGUGUUUCGACACCAACUGAGAAAAGAUAAUGUCUCUUAAUUUCUCACUUACAUUCAGCCUGAGUAACGCGUUUCUCGUCUUUAAAAGAAACGUCUUUAGUCUGCAUCUUGUUCCAUGCAAUCUCCCCUGGAACGGUGGGGGGGAGGGAGUUUCUUAAGAAAGAGAGUUUUUAUGCCCGAAUAUUUUGAGUGUUAGCUCUAAAUCAGAGCAAAAAUUCCUGAGGGAGGGUUUGCAAGUUUAAAUACUGGAAAUAAGAACAGGGAGAUAAAUCCCUAAACGGAAGGUGUCUUACCCUGGUCUCCUCUUACUUAGCGCCUGAUCAAGAUGAACAUGCCACUGAACGACGAUAACACGGUCUCAUUCAGUACGACUCUCUUCGCUUUGAUUCGAACCUCACUGAACAUCAAACUGCGGGGAAACAUGAAUGCAAAUGACACAGAGCUACGGCGAAUGAUCAAGAGAGUUUGGCCAAAAACCUCACAAAAAGUAUUGAAUAGUUUGAUACCCAAACAGUUAGGUAAGUGAUUUAAGAUCGCAAACAGUCUUUAAAUGUUUUUGCUUUUAUAUGAGGUAGUUGCUGUUUGUAGCGUUAAUAUGUAAAGUGGUUUAGAGACAAGGGCGCGCACCUGUUAAGGGAGAUGCUCGUUUAUUUUCAAUAGCUAUUCAGCGUAUGAGUUAACUUUUGAAAAUAUCAACUUGGUUCAUAUUUUGUGUUUGGCCAAAUAUCGAUGUUUGAGAGAGAGAUAAAGUGACUUUCUUCUGAUUGACUAUGGUAUGAAUUUUUUCGUUCUUCCCCUUGUUAAAGUGUUGAUCAGUUUAAUGUAUUUUACAGAACUGAGUUGUCAGCAAAUGACAAUAGGAAAGAUUCACUGUGCAAAGCUUAUACACGAGAACUACAAAUAUCUGAAGAGGAAGGGCACACAGACGGAAAGGGUGAGUAGUAAAACAGAUCCAUUGUGUUUGCACUACCCCCCUUUCUGUUAGUGGGUGUUCAACGUAACGCUUCUCACCCCUCUCUCCAUAUUAUUUUUUUUGUACGUUGAGUGACCUUGAAUGACACUCAUGUCUGUCCCUGCUAUACCUUUUAGUUGAUAGGAAUAGAUAACUUAGUUUGAACUGAACAUUCUAACUUUCUUUUGUUUUAAGGCUGAAAGAGAAGAAGAAAGAAGCACUACAAACUCGAAGGUUUGUAACUGUUUUUUCUUUCUUUUUUUUUCCUUUCGGUAAUAAGGUGAUUGUUAUUUAUUACAUAUACACUUUGCUGCUCGGUGUCUUGUAACAUCCCUCCUUUUUCAUAUCUCACCUGAUUUUCUUUCUUCCAUUUGAACAGAGAGGUCUUUUCUCAAAGUUAGUUGGUUCCCUGCGACGCCAGAGGAGGCCGAAUAUGAUAAGGGAAGACAUAGAACUUGGGAAUGUGGAAAGACGUAGAGAGAGAGCUUACACUAGUGACGCUCGACUUACUAUGGCACGGUACGUACACUGUAUGAAUUAGUGGUGAACGGUAUUCGUAUCAACUAUGUGUUUGCUUGAGUUAGAUGGUCAACCAACUGAGAAGCAGACAGUUAACUGUAAUUGAUUGUCCGCGCUAUGACCUACGUUCAAUAUUAAAGUGACUUGUGGUGCAGCCAGUCAAAACUGCGGCGCAUUUCGGUGGUGUUAUGUAAGCUGUUUACGAAGCAAAUGAUCAUCACAUUUCCGAGUAUCCUAGAAAUAUCUCUGAUGGGUUAUCAUGCCAGUGAAUCGAUAUAGGGUGUGGUCUAUUUCUUUUGUAAAAUGAACUAAUAGGUUGGUUUUCUUCGGGAUCACCGGCACUUUGAUAAUUCAAAGCAGGUGAAUGGUAACAACCGGAAAGAGUGCCAUAUUCUAUAACGCAUCCAUAAGGAUAAUAACAGAGCGAUAAAUUUGAGAGGCGCAUUAUGAAGUUUUGCGGAUACUUUUGCUAAAUGAAACUCGGCAUGUCAGAUGGUAAGUAACAGUCAAACCUUGCAAAUUCAUUUUUCGUCAAAAUCAGGCCUGUCUCGCUUUGAUGUUACCUUUGCAAAACAUAGACGAUUCGGUUUUCUACAGGUGAUUGUUUAGCGGUAGGUAUGAGAUUUUUUGCGACACACUCACUGCUAGGGCAUUAGUAUCAAGUUGAUAUACGUUUUAUCUUUGCAGUGAAAGAAGUCAAGAAACACUUCAAGAAUCAUUCGAGUCCCUACCGUCCCAUACUCAUGUCCAUGAAAACGGCCCCUAUCCCCUGAAAUUUUGGAUCUGACUGUCUAUCACAAACAACUGCAACUCUGUUUAACAGAGAAUAACUCAUAAAAAAAUUUAAUUUUUACAAAGCAAAGGCAAGCUGUAGCGUAUUAACUUGGCCUCAAUGACAGUACUGACGUCAUUACAAGCUUGAAUGACAGCCCGUGGCGUUUGACGCCUCAGGCUAUUUGAACUUAGCUCCUUCCAGGGAGAUAAACUUUGUGUUCAGGAGCCGACUUUGGAUCAUAAGUUACCUUUAGAGAAAAUAAUUAGAAGAUAGCGUCUGCUUAACUCUACGUGAUGAGUUUUGGUACCCUGCUCAUGGUGAACGAAGCAGUAAACCAACCAAAUUCCCUCACUCCUGAGUGUAAGUUGGAUCAUGAAUUCCGUUCAGUUCGCCAAAGAUUGUUGUAUGAGAGGUGUGCUGUCCGUGUAUUUUAUCCCGCUAAUGGAAUGUUGGCCUUGACAAUCGUGAAACUUGUUGUUUUUAACUACGUUAUAUCUUGCACAUGAAACAAUUGUUGUUUUGAAGUUUCAGCUCCCUUGAAGAGAAGUAAUAAAUAUGACUAAGAGCUCAGUUACAGCUGUAGUUAAGUAUUCUACUUUACAGGAGAAAUAUGGUGCAAGAUGAUUUCAUGCCUACAAUUGAUUUAAAAUAAACCCGUUAAGGGACGUAAAAAUAAAACAUAUAUAACAGAAGAAAUAAUCAUGCAAUCGAAAUCAAUAGGUUAGUCUAUUAUGCACUUUUUUCCAUUUUCUGGUUUAGCACUGAUCGGCUAGGACCAAGUCACAUGUUUACUCCAAUGGGAGCAAGAAAACGAGGCAAAACAUUGAUAGAACCGCGGGCUCAGACGAUUCAUGGUCAGAAAGAGGCAUGCCGUUAGCAUUUUAUUUCGAUCCUUUCCUUGAACUUAUCCGAUAGAAAAUUGGCUCAUGAGGUGACGAGAAAACUUAAAAUUUCCCCUUUUUGCAUCGAGUCAUUUAAAAAUAAAUUCAAUCCCCAUUACACAUCAUCGCUUAUUUCAGUUGUCACUUAUUUUCAACUCAUCUUGAUGAACACUUUUUGUGGUGGUAUUCUUUAGCGGUUGUAACCACGGAACAAACACUUCCCUGAUAGAUUUUGUACUCGUGAUUUGUCCGCUCUUUGAUGAAAAUUUCAGCAGCAUGGAAAUUUGUUGUUAAGAAAAGAGAAAGGGGGUUUGGUUCAGUGAUUGUAAGCGUGGAAAAUAGCCUUUCUCGUAUACAUUAAUCAAACAGCAUGUGCUUUAGCGUUCUUGAUAUGUGUUUAAUUUCCACUUUAAUCUUGAAAUUUUCCAAUUCUUAUCUAUGUCUUGUUCCCUACGUUUGAAUCAAUUGGUAUGGAAAAAAAACAAACAAACGAUUGCAUUCUGUUUGAAAACGACAUAAAGAUUGUUUCAUUCUUUUCACUCUCAGGUUUUACUCCACAAAUUCUCUUUCCAUUCGUAACCUUUUAGAUCGACGGUACAUUUUAAAGCCGCACCCGUCUUAAAACGCAGGUAGUGAAAGUAAAGGAAGCACUUUAUGGCCUCUCUCCGUGUUUCUCUCAACAUGACUUUAUUAAAACACUGUGGCUUUUCAUUUUCCAUUUUAAUGUUCUAGAACCUGCUCCUGCAUGGGAAUGAGUAGUAGUGAGGCGUUUGGAAAUCGCUGUUCUUCAUCCAUUGGUUUUUCAGUUUUCUCUAUGGAAAAACUGUUUAGAUAAUCCAGAAUGCAAUGCGAGCAUUGAAUUAUUAUUCUGAAUUGUGUCAGAUUCAAAACGGCUCGAUAGCUGUAAAUUUCUUUUUGAGUAGCAAACUAUUUUAUUCAAUGUGAAAUAUCUUACAGUAGCGAAUGAAAGUUUGCAGAUUCACGUUCACCUCUCAAUGUAGCCGGAAUGAAUUUCAGGAUUGUUAUUGUUUCUAUUCACAGUGAAAUUUUUGUUAUUUUGAGGCUUAAUCCCUACAGAUCGAUCGGUAAAAGCUUUCGUCCAGCAUUAAGUAGAUUUUUUAGAUAUCCACUCUCGUUGUUUCCUGUUUCAAAUGACUCCCCACGUCACUUUUGCCAUAAAUGAGAUGAAAAACAGAAAGAGGAUGCGACCGCCUUCUUCAUACAUUCCAUGGGCAGGUGCUCUUAGAAUCUUGCCAAGUCAAUUUUUCGUCCACCUUCCUUUGAAAAGCAGUACUAUUACUCGACUGAGAAGUUUAUGAUGGUCAUUCGCCAGAAUUUUUUCAAUCCUUGGAAAAUUUUUGUCCGGAAAGGAUUACUCCUUCGACGAACGAUUUUACUUUUGCGGUUUUUUCAAAUGUCGAAGAAAUGACACCUCACAAUGCAAAAUUAUGAGGGGAAAAAUUAUUUGUCUUACCUCCGCAAGUGGAAAAUUUGUUUGAGACAAUUUUUAGAAUUUUUCACAAUGCAAUUUAAUUUUAAAGUAAAAUAUUGUCUCGAAGAAAUUGUAUGCAAUUGAGUAGUCUUAUUCUCUGUCCGUUUUUAUUGAAUAUGUACUUGAUUUAAAAUGAUUAAAAAUAACAUCAAUUUACUGUUUUGGUGAUAAAGACAAAUAUGUAAAAUAAAAUAGGAAUAAGUAAAGGAUUUUAACAAUUAGCGAAAGAUCUUCACCGUGAUAUUGUGUUCUUGUUUGUGAUGCUUUACAACUGGUGAAUAUUUAUUUUGUGGCAUAUCAUCGACAGUAUGUUUUCGCUUCAAGCAAUGCUUUUAAUUAAGCGCUUUAGUUUCGUCCGACAUUCUUUAAUUUCGUAAAUGAAAUUUAAAUAGAUCUUGACAUUUGACGGAAGUGAUGUGCCCAUCAGACUGAUGUUGCAACGAAAGACUUCAUCAAUUUGUCAGAAUUUUAUGAAUUAUUGAAAUAUCUGAUCACUGGGCAUUUUUAAUUUCGCUUUCUCGUCAGACAACUUAUCGUGAUAUCAUGAUUUCUGCGAAGUGUGCAUGCAUUAACAAAUGAACAAUGAGGUUUUCUUUUAAUUUUUCCUCAGGUCUUGGUUUGCAUAAGUGUGAAAAUGGCAAUGUAUAAUUCAAUGGCCAUGAUUUUUUUCCUCUUAGCGAGAAUUGAGUGGCUUUGAAAUAUUUCAGGGAGAACAAUUUUAUGCAUUUUGUGAUUUAAGCAAGAAAAUUUAUGCUAAGUUUCGUUAAGUGACAUUUCAUUUACAGAAUGAUUUGAGGAAAAAAGGAGAAAACGAUAUUCUAAACAAACCGCAGAACCAAUUAAGCGGCAUUUGAGUUAAUUCAGAGAGAUUGUUUUCACACUCGUGAUAUUCAGUUUUUGUUAGUGACUCCACGCUACCUCACACUUAGAGCUUGUAUACAAAUUUUCUAUUCCCCCCUACCGAAAUGCAGUAAACAAUAUUGAAAUAAAGGCUAAUAUUCACUUUUAACUCACUACUUUUUUUUCAGAGGAAGACGCCCGUUUUUUGUGAUAGAACCAGUCUAAAGAAAAUUAACAAUAACUUCGUUUCAUGAAUAUUAAAACUGUCUGGUGUUUACGCUCUUGAACGAAAAUUUACUUGGUUGAUUUUGAUCGGGGAAAAAACCUUCAUCUGGGUUUUGUAUUUAUGUAAGCUUACAAUAAUCUGGGAUUCAAAGAAAGUCCUACAAAAUGUUAACACCUAACGAAAUGUCAAACAUUUCUUAAGCUUAGUGUGGAAACCCAGUUUUAUCCUUCAUGAUUCAUUGCAGUUGCUUAGAAUUUGUUUCAAAUUUAUCAGAAUUAGUUUGCUUCAUUGAAACCAGUUUAACUCACCUGAUGAGUAGCGACAACCCUUUUGCUUUCACCGUCCUCAGAUGAUUACUUACGUGCAGUCGCUGUGGGAAAUUCACAUAAUCAGAUCUAUUUCUGUUCCGUGUGAAGGGGCUGCAAUAUAUUCCUUGUGUCCUUUACCUCAAAUUUACAUAUGCAAUUAAGCAGGUGCAGUUAUUCUUAACUUGUAAAAAAAAACCGCCUGUCGGAGUGACUUCCAUCGAGAUUGUCCAAAAAAAAAAUUUUCGUUAUCGCUCUAACCGUUCGGAACUUACGUGCCGAUUGUCAACGGUUGUUCCUACAUCACCGAAGGACUGGUAACCAGGGACAUGGCUCGGUUGUCGGUUCGAUGGAUUUUAUGUCGACUUGAUUAGCUGCUAAAAAUUCAUCCAAUAAACAAGUUAAAAACGUGACUUGCCUAAGCAUGAGUUCGAAAAGUAAUGAUCCCGCACAACUUCACUGAUGUCUCAAAAUGUUGUGGUUGACCAAAAAAAUCUGAUUUGGCACAGGAUCAAAGUUUUCCCAUAAGCCAUCUUGAACAAUUUUUUUCGUAUCUUACUAUUGUCCUGCUUUACCUCACCUUGUAUGAUUACUAUCUUACAGAAACCUACCAAAAGAACAUGUCAGACGAUAUAGCAGCCUGGAUCCGACAUCCAAAUCGAAUGGUGACGUCAACAAAAAUGGACCGCAGGUAUGAAUAAAGAAUACGUGUAUCUGAUUUCAAGAAACAGUGUAUCGCGUAGAUAAGAUGAUGGUAGGUCAGAAUGACUUUGCUUUGAGAAAAAAUUGGAUACCUUUGGUAAUUACUUUCUAAACAACGUUACACGAUUGUAAUUGACUCCACUAGGAUAAACGUCAGUGCUUUGCCUUCAUCCUGACUGGAAACUUUGUAGUUGACGCGACCUGGUUAAAUUUUGUCCUGAUUACCACAAUAUUCCAGAUUUAGCUGCUGUAGGAAUCUCAACGUUGCUGAGGUUUAUCCUUUCGAGUCGGUUUGCCGCGUAGGUUCAAUGUUAGAUGUUGGUUAGCAGUUCAACGCUAAAUGCAAUACAUAUUCAUGAUUUGCUUGGUCUUGUUUCAGACUUAUCCAGACUCCUCUCGUGGUGUGGUGGGGGCUUCUGUACCCUGUAGUGUAACCACGCCCAGAGUGGCCGAGCGGCUUAGGGACCAAGCCGCUUUGCCGGCUCUUUACCUUACACCGACUACCAGAAGGAAUGAGAAAGGUGACCUAGGUACAAUUUCUCAUUCAAGCUAGGCCCCUCUCUAACUUCUACUUGCCGGAAAUUUCUUUUAGCAACUAGUUUGCUUUUAUGAAUCCUACCUCAGAGAUGUUUUAAUCUUAUGUGUUUGGCUAUAGUCAGUAUUUCCUAUGUUUCGAAAACUCUUGAACCGUCAGUUUUAUCCAAAUAAAUUCCAAAUUGUACAUUAUAGUGAAGAUAAAUCUAAUACAUAAAGAUUUUGAAACGUUCGAAAAGGAACGAUCAGUACUUCUUGUGUUCCGAGGUGCUUGUAGAGUAUUUUUGUGAAAAGUUGUCCUCUUUUUGUUGGCUUCAUAGCUCUUAUGGAGGGAAAAUCUCUAGAUCUUGACAGUUCUAGCGAUAGCGAUACUGGAGUGGAAGUGGAUCAAGAUCGACCCCAUUUAAGGAGAGAUCCGUAUUAUGACGACAUGAUAACUCGAAUAAACACUCAUAUAAAGGAAGCUGUUGAAAGAGGAGCAAGUCCAUAUGCUAUAUAUGGGCUGGAAGAUGACGAUGCGGAUGAUUGGUGCUGAUAGUUGAAGGAAGUUCUAGAAUUUAUUCAAAGAACUUCGAAAGAAAAUUUGGAAGCUGCAGUUUAACAAGACCGGCUUUAAUAUGGUGAAUUUAAAUAAUCCAACACCAAAGGAACUCGUCGUGGUUUUAUGGCGUCGACAGCUGUCCAAUUAUUCCAUCGGUUGCGCUCCUCUAGGAGAAGGAACAUGUGAGGGCCGACAGAACUGAAGAGAAGUUUUAGCUGUGAAAUUUUUCAUCGCAUCCCUGUAGGACGUAGUUAAUUUUGAAAGGUUCCUAAAAUUUGAGCUCUGAGGGGGUCUUCUUCCACGACAAGCCACUGUGCGGAGCUCGCCAUGCCGAGAAAACAAAUUCAUCGCGAAAACUAUGUUCAGCGGCUGUGUACUGACGAUGCUAGUCACAGUCAUCAAAUGACGAUCUGAAGAAAAAUCUAUAUAUAUUGCAUUAAUUUGAUCAAAACAAUUUACAUAAGCGAACAAUACGGAAUUCAAAGAGUAAUUUAUAUUAACAGCGUGAUGUAACAAGUUACAAUUUAAAGAUGUUAAAUUUAUAUGAAGUGAUGCAUUCAAAUAUGUUUAAAUUAUUCUGAACGCUUUAGCUUAUUACCUCAAAGAGAAGAAAUAUUAUGAUAAAUUGAAAUACUAAUAUACAAAGCUUUUCAGAUUUUGUAGUUAAUUCUUUGCAAAGAGAGAUAGGUUUCAACUUAAAUACCUCUAUCUCUAAAUAUAACCCAACCGUUUUACUUUUUUUUCUAAUAGCUCCAGUAGAUUAGAGAAUCAAUUUUUUUGUUGAAUACAAGAAAUAACCGUUACAGUUGGGACAGUGGAAGCUUUAUAUUUUUCAAUAGCUAUAGACUCUCCUUUUAGCUAUAGAAUCUCUUUGCCAUGGAAUUUCUUUGCCUUUUCAAAUUGCAUGCAAAUGGUAGGUGUUCAAAAUUUAAUGCCAAAUCGAAAACUGAAAAAGAGUGUGUUAGGGUCAAUAAGAAAAACGAGUUCUUUUUCUAAACUGAACUUGAACUGCCAGAUGGUUAGAAUCAUUCGCUUCUCCGUCUUGUCUUCUGUCUUAUUAAAUUUCAAGAUAAUAAGCGUGAAGUUUAUACUAUACUUUUAAUGCGACUACUACACUUUUUACUAUCAUUUAAAAUUGUUUAUCAACAGGUUUAGUAACACACUGCCCUUCGUUUCUUAAAAAAAAAAGCGACAGUGUUUUGGUUGGGGACAAUCCUAACCACUCAAGUUUUCCCAGUCGGUUUAUCAUAAUUGCGUAACUGGAGAACACUCGCAAGGAUAGAAUAAAGUUAGUCAAGUCAGUAACAAAAAUGUCAGUUUUACAUAUAAUGUGCAAAAAUCCUGAUUCUACGCUUUAAUUGCUCCUUGCAAACACAACCGAACUGUUGGGCAGAAUUCACGUGAGGAAACAGAAACAUUGAUAUUAAAAAACAUUGCCGAAGAAAACAAAAUCUGGGAUCAGAUGCCUAUACAGCAGCCAUAUUUCGGAAAUUAAUAUUGAUAUACGUUAUUUCAAAAGUUGAUAAUGUAACAAAUAAGUCACGGUAGUGAGGCUUUUAGAGUUUUUCCUCCCGUUUUAUUCCCGCCAACAAAUACCCAGGGAAAGGUUGCAGCUUCUUUCUUCUUUCAUUCACCAUUUCUCUUGAUUUAUGAAGUAAUGUCAAAUUGGUUCUCGAGAGUUAUGUCACUGAUCUUCAAAACUCAUGCAACC